ACGACGUUCCCAUAGCAACUCAUUUGAUCGAUAAACAUCGUUUAAAAGUUUCCUUCUAACGUAGUAUAAUAUUCUCUUUGAUUUUCCUUUGCAUCUUACGUAGUCAGUUUCUUUAGAUCUCGCAGAUUCAACAACAUGGUCAUACUUCACGUUAAGAGAGGUGAUGAAAGCCAAUUCCUGUACGAAACUGAUGUUGAGAAAGCAGUGGAUGAAGUAGUCCAAGAUAUGGUGGCGAUCUUCAAUGGACGGUUGAAGGUGACAAGGAUCUGCUAUGAGUUCGAAGAGUUGUGGAAGCACGGGACCUUCUUGCCUCCUGAGAUGCAGGGUCUAACGGAUGAGCAGAUUAAAGAACUGAAGCUAGAAGACCCAUGGGCCAGUCGCUGUGCCCCGCAAGGCUACGUGUUUGCCAAAGACGACAUGGGCCGCAGAUGUGGAUAUGCUCCACCACCCAAUUUACAAGAAGUGCUGAAGAAAGCUGCCGAAACCGCCAAGGAAUUUGUUAGCAAGAAACAUGUCGACCUGCGCAAAUGCUUAACUCAAAAGGACGUGGCUAGGGCAUUGGAUGAGCUCCGUGGGGCGACUAAGAUAGUGUUUCCAGCUGGACUGCCGCCCCACGACCCUGUACGCAUGGAGUUGGAUAAUGUGGAAGACCUGACUGGAACCCAGGCUGCUAACGAAGUGAUUGAUCCUUCUAGAGCUUGUGUUUGGGCUUGUGGGAAGAAAUUUUUGAACGGGAAUAAGCUGAGUGAUCAUUUAGGCAAAAACAACAAAUCAAAAGUGACGGUUAAACUAUGUUCGAGUUCCGAAGGUGCGCCCGGUCGAGAGCCAGUCAUGACAGAAGACGAACGCAAGCAGCUGAUGCUUCACGCCUACAGGAAACAGGAGGAGUGGAAGAAACUGGAGCAAGAUGAGGAUGACAGUUAUCUGGAUUCCAAGUGGGCUGAUGGACAAGGCCUGAAGAGGCAGCUGAACGGGCUCAACAAUAUCUCUUGGAAACCAGUUGUUAAAAAUUGAUCGAAUCUAAACUUCAGAAUAGAUGGUACAAUAUUCAAUAAGGUAUUUUAGAUCUUAGUUAGACGAAGCUCUUUGUUAUGCUAGGAAGAUAGUUUACUGAAGUUAUUUGAUUGGAGCUUUUGUUAUGAAAAUAUUUCCAAUUAUAUUCAUCAAAACAAUGUAUCCGAUAUUAGCGCUAUAUAUCGACAUUAUACGAAUUUGCGAUUUACUAUAAACAAAACAAUAUCAAAUAACAGUUUUUCAGUAUAACCCAUAGCAUCAUAUUAGUGUAGGAAUUUUACUACAGUCGUUGCAAAAUAAAUAACUUAGUUGGAAUUAUAUAUUUUUUCUGUAGAAGUUGAUUUAUUAUUUCAAGCUAGGAAAACAACUGCCGUAGCAAUUUCAAUUAUCUUUUAAUGUCGAGUACUAAUUAAAAACCUAAGUAAAUAUUUUCAAUUGUUUUUUGUUGUUUUCUCUUGAAUUGCGUAGUUUCUGUUCAUCUUAAGUGGCAAACUAUCUUCCAACUUUAUAUUUGUAUUUGCCUUGUCAAUUUUAUUAUGUAUUUUAGUAUGAAUAAAUAGAGUAAUAAAUUUGAGUUUUAAUCAUUC